AUUAAUUAAAACUUAUAGCAACCCACAAUAUAUACAGUGUAUAUUAUACACAAUAUAGCUGAUGAAUACAAAAAAGCCAGAAGUGAAACAUAUCGCCGAUAUAGUGGGUGAAUGGGGUAAAUGGCAGUUCCUAUUCAGCGCCUUCUGUUUCCUGCAGUCAGGCUGUGCGGCCUUUAUUAACAUGGGAUAUGGCUUUCACGCCAAACAUGUGGACUUCUGGUGCGCCGACACACCAACCAAUCUUACCUCACAUCAUUUAAGCGAUUCUAUUAAAUGUCAUAAAUAUAAUAAUCCAAACGAAAGCUGCACUCAUUGGGAGUACAAUAGGACUCAGUUUAGAAAAACAAUCAUUACUGAAUUUGAUUUAGUGUGCGAUCGAGCUAGCUAUGCAUCUCUA